CGGUAAUGUAGACCCUAGGCAGCAAUCACAACAACUGGCCGCAGCAACUGGUGAAAUUAACGAUUUGUGAAGGCAGCGUGAGCAAACGUACGGUUGGAUUCUUUGAUAAAUAAUAAUUACUCAUCAUGAACGUGGGCUUUGCUCUCGUUCUCAUCUGGUCUCUCACAAUAACCAAUGUGCUUGCAGAGCUGCCUGUACCUCAGAACCUGACUCUGCUCACCCUGAACACAGAGUACCUACUAACAUGGGACUGGGACCGGGACCAGACGACCACAGGCAACACUGUUACCUUCACUGCAGAGUACAUGGGGAAGUACAAGAUGCAGAGGAAGAAGAAGAACUGGAGCCGUGUGUGUGAGAGGACCAUACAUACCCACUGUAACUUCACAGGCUCUGAUCUGCACUACCUGGGCAUGUAUGUGCUCAGGGUCCGAGCCAGUGCAGACGAACUGAACUCAGACUGGGUCCUUAAAGACUUCUGCCCCGAUAAAGACGCUGCUUUGGGCCCACCGUCCAGGGUGGAGCUGGCUCCUGUGGGGAACCUGCUGGACGUGACCAUCUCUGACCCCCUGACCAGCACCCAGGGCUCCAUGAAGGAACACGUCCUCUCCCUGUACUACCACAUCCUGUACUGGAGCCUGUCCGAUGACCCUAGGGGUCUGAAGCCUAAUGUGGUGAACUCUAUCAACAACCUGGUGACGCUGCCUGAGCUGGAGGCCUGGACGUGGUACUGUGUCAUGGUUCAGUCUCGCUACGACUACUACAACAAGACAAGUGGCUACACAGCACCCCAGUGCAUGCAGACAGAAGGUGACACCCAGUGGUGGCAGAUCUUCCUGUACUUCCUGGUCUCCCUGGUAGUAUGUUUCCUGCUGGUGCUGCUGCCCUACACCUUCUUUAGGUUCUACAAAUACACCUUCUACCCCACCAUCCAGCUGCCUGCAUACAUCCAGGAGUACCUCUGUGACUCCUCCCUCGGCUCUGAAAUGCCCAUUCUCCUCACUCCUGAGUCGGAGCUGUGCUGUGAUAAUCUGAGCGUGUACGCCGAGGUGGUGCUGCUGGAGAUCCACAUCCCUCCCUUCACAGCUCCCCCCUCAGGGCUGCAGCAUGACAGCAGCAGGCAUAGCCGCCAGGGCAGUGAAGGCAGCGGGGACUCUGGGGUCUACUCCACAGAGGGAGGCUCCGGCCAGCAGGGUUCUAGUGGUGGGGGUGAGCCAAUCAGGAGAGACAAGGAAGUGGAUAAGGUCAAGCUGGAGGAGAUGGGGGAAGAGCCUGGAGACGAAGGAGUUCCGGAUGAGCGAGUUGUGGAUGUGUGCGUCUGAGGAGAGAUGGAGAGAGCGAGAGGAGAGCUGGGUGGAAAGACCGUAGGUGAUGGUUGAAGAAUUGUAGUAGGGAAAGGAGGAGGGUCAUACAGAAUGUUCUCCGAAGUCUGUCUUUCUACCCCUCAAAGGACACUUUGAAGUUGAUGACAUCUCGCAGAUUAAAAGACACAUCUCAAAAGUAAGGGUGUAACGGUAAACGUAUUCAAACCAACUCGUUCGGUAUGGGGGACCUCUGUUCAGUCCGCACUGUGAACCCAGAUUAAAACAUAAACAAUUUUACUGUACCAGUCAAACGUUUGGCCACAUACUCAUUCCAGGGUUUUUCUCUUUUUUUUUACUAUUUUCUAAAUUGUAGAAUAAUACUGAAGACAUCCAAACUAUGAAAUAACAUACAUGGGAUCAUUAGUAUCUGAAAAUGUGUUAAACAAAUCAAAGUAUAUAUUUUAGAUUCUUCAAAGUAGCCACUCUUUGCCUUGAUGACAGCUUUGCACAC